AUGAGACAGAUUGCCGACGUGGAGAGACGGUUCAUGAGCAUCCCCUUCCCUGCAAGCGGAAGCCUUUAUCACCGCCGUGAUCUAGACAGCUCACACCACGUUAUUCCAGUCUUGGAUGACAUUGUCGUUGGCUCGACUGCACAAUAUGAAUGGUGGUAUCAGGAACGGGCAUCCCUGGAGGUUGACCGCGGCCCAUCGCGCUCCCUCGAUGUCCCAUCCGACCACCGCAUGUCUCGCCCGACUCUUCGCCAUCCAGACUUUUCCCCUAAUAAUAUCCUAGUGAACACCUCCAAUGACGUAGUAGGAAUCAUCGACUGGCAACACGCAGUUGUUCUGCCUUUCUGUCUGUGCGCCGGAAUCCCAGAUCAUUUUCAAAAAUGGGGCGAUCCAUUAUCGGAGACGUUAUCCAAGCCAGAAGUCAAAUUGCCGGAGAAUUUUGAUAGACUGAGCCAUGAGGAACAAGAAAAUAUCCAAGAGACGAUACGACGACGGAUUGUGCACUCUUAUUAUGCUGCGUUAACUACGUAA